AUGAGUAGUGUUGGCAUUUCAAAUGAGCAACUAAAUUGGUCAGUGCAUAUGGUCGGUCAGUCUAUCAGUGAUACCAUCGAUUUUAAUACCGAAAAUUAUUUUCGUGCCCAUAAUUUCAUGCCUUUAAUAGUAAAUACCGUGUAG